AUGGAGCUCGGUCAGCCUAAUAAUACUAUUUAUGUCAAUAAUUUAAACGAACGUGUCAAGUUAAACGAGUUGAAAAAGUACUUAUUUGCAAUAUUCUCAAAAUUCGGUAACAUAUUAGAUAUUGUCGCUUUGAAAAACUUACGUAUGCGUGGUCAAGCAUUUAUAAUCUUUGAGGAUGUUGAAAACGCAAAAAAAGCAUUAACAUCAAUGCAGUCGUUUCCAUUCUAUGAAAAACCACUUCGUAUACAGUUUGCUAAAUCAGAUAGUGAUGUUGUGGCAAAACGAAAAGGCACUUUUCAAGAGAGACCAAAACGUCGUUCGGACAGUGAUCAACCAUCGAUAUCAAAGAAAGAAAAACGCCGACAACAAUUAGCGUUGAAACAAGAACAGCAACGUUUACUAAAACAGCAAAUGGGACAUUAUGCAACAAUGCCACCAAUGCCGGGCAUGUUGCCUACUGGCCUUCCACCCGGUAUGCCCAUGUUUCCACCACCGCCGAUUAUGCGACCCGUCUUACAUCCACCAAUAUUUGGUGGAGAAAUGCCAAAUAAUAUUCUGUUUCUAAGCAAUUUACCUAAUGAAACACCAGAGAGUAUGUUGACAAUGUUGUUUAAAGCAUACAAUGGUUUUCGAGAAGUACGAUUAAUACCCGGCCGUGAUGGUAUUGCAUUUGUCGAAUUUGACACAGAAAAUCAAGCCUCUUUGGCGAAAGAUACAUUACAAGGCUUCAAAAUUGGUCCAGAGAAGCCAAUGCAAAUUACUUUUGCUAAAAAAUAG